GAGUCACUACGCCACACAACUGAACCAGCCAUCUCCUCCACCAAUCCUCUGCAGACAUGGUUGCACGAUUUAACCUUCGAUACCUGCGUAACGUGUCCUAUCACCAUCCCCGCCUUGCUAUCCUGGGCCCGCACGAUCGCGAUCACUGGACUCUUUCUUGCAACAAUAUCGAGGGAGUUAGUCUCGCAGAUAUUCGUGCUGGCCGAUUCCGACUCCAAGAGCUCACCGGGUACGACGACGCGCUGUUCCCUGCCAGCUUCUCUAAGGUUACGGUCCUCAUCCUCAUACACGGAUUCAAAGUGUUUCGCCGAGUUAAGAAUGUUCAGUGCGUCCGUCAUGGCGUGCCUGUGCCCGUCCCACGCCAUAAGGUCGUUCGUUGUAUCGCGGAAGUGAUGCUCGCGUUCUUGGACCAGGUGAGUACGAUGGUCUUGUCCGGCCCUACGGACGAUCACGACGGCAGCUUUAUGUUUGGCCCUGGGGGCGUUCAGAUAGAACACCUCUACCUCCUCGAGUUGCACCGGUACGGCAAGACACUGAUACCCGUCUUUGGCUAUACCCCGCCCGACGCAGGCCUCACAGUCAUGGUAUUCGGCCAAUAA